GCCACCGUAAGAUGAACGUUAAGAUGUGACACUCCCCACUUUGGAAAUGGCUAAAACCUGUAUUUCGUAAUAAUGAUUUCGUUUUAAUUUAUGAUAAUCGAAAUUAAAAGAGAUUCAAGAAUUGUAACCCUGAAUCAAUAGAAUAUUCAAUGAUGUGGCGAUAUCCCUAUGCCUAACCAAGGCCAAAGAAAUCUUCCUUGUUUUUAAAGCUUUUCCUUAAGUGGUGUAAGUUACUGUAAAAAUAAGAAAGUGAGACGCAACAGAGGUUUUUAGCUAUGGCACUGAACAUACUGAAGCAAAUCGCUGGGCAUGGAAGACAUUUAACUCGGAGUUCACAAUAUUUCAGAGGUAGUACUAGGAUACUUUCCAUUGGACAGCCAGCUUUAAGCAAAAAAGAGGUAGAGAUCACAUUCUUGAAAGCAAAUGGAGAGAAACUAAAAGCUAAAGGCAAAAUAGGAGAUAGUUUACUCGAUGUUGUAGUAAAUAGCAAUUUAGAUUUGGAUGGUUUUGGUGCAUGUGAAGGAACCUUGACAUGUUCAACAUGUCAUUUGAUCUUCCCAAAAGACACUUAUGAUACUCUACCGAAUAAACCAUCUGACGAAGAACUGGACAUGUUAGACUUAGCUUACGAUCUGUGCGACACCUCGCGGCUCGGCUGUCAAAUCAUUUUGACUGAACAGAUGGACGGUUUAGAAGUUAUGGUUCCAGCCACUAUAAAUGAUGCAAGAAGUUAACGUUUGCAAGUGAAGUGUUUUUUCUGUUUUGUAUAUAAAUAAUAUAUAUUUUAUUUUGUAGUUUUUAUCAAUCUGUUGAUAUAGGAGAUAAUUAAAACAAUUUUAUAUAACAGUGAAA